UGAUAAUCUUAUGUCAAAUCAUAGCGUAUCAUAUUAAAUAACGCUUUAUCUUAGGAAAGUAACAUAGUCAGUACAUGUUGUAAUCUUUACAGUUCAAACUACAAGAUGGGAGACGUUUUAUCUAAAGCACCCCAGCCCAUGGAGGAAACACCAACCCCACCAAAACAGGAACCAUUACUCGCAGAACCAUGGCGCACUCAUAAAAUACUUUCAGAUGGCUGGACUGAGAAGGUGCACAAAGCUCUACUUGAUGACAUUGCUAACAAACUCAAGGAAAAUAUCAAUGUUGUAUUUAUUGGCCCGGUGGCAAGCGGGAAAUCAAGUCUAAUUAAUUCGUAUUUUACAACCGUAUUAAAUCGAAUAACCAGUAAGGCUCCAGCUGGUCGAGGCCUGACUUCACAUACAUUGCAUCUUCACCAAAUAAGAGCAGUGAACCAGCUCAAAAAUAUAACGUUUUAUGACACCAUGGGACUAGAGGAAGCAGCUGGUAAGGGGCUUCAAACGGAACGUGCACAGCAAAUUGCUAAAGGAGAAAUAGAGCCAGGAACAAAGCUUGACAAAGAUAUAGUUGACACAGUUGAAAAAAAGGAACUGUUUCAACAUUGUAUCGUAUACGUACUGGAUGGUGAAAAUAUUAAACUUGGACUAAAAGAAGACCUGAGGAAAAAGAUAGCAGAAAUAAAAGAACGUAUUAAGGACAUGCCAUCAGGUCCAAAUCGAGUUGUUAUUGUAACGCAUACAGAUAAUGUUUGCACGGAAGUUAAAGACGACAUUACCAAAGUUUUCAAUAGCGCAGCGGUUUAUGAAGUGAUUAAAAAGGUGCAUAAUGUAACUGGAGUUACAUUUGGUAAUAUCUUUCCAGUAAAAAACUAUGUUACUGAACAGGAUUCCGUUGAACAAGUGGAUAUACUUUUAUUGCUGGCCUUGCAAAGAAUUGUCGAUUUUUCUAUCGAUGCAAUUGAUAGAUCCAACAACGACAAUUAUUCUACAAAAGGUUCUAAUUCUGUGGAUUGAAUACAUUAAGGGCAUCAAAACUUAUGCAGUAUUUUGUAAUAAUUCAUCCCGAAACAAUAAAUAAAUGAAAUAAA